GGGUAGUAAAGGCUCCGCCGCGCGCGCGGGGGGUGCGCGAGCCGUACCGGGCGCAGGUCCCUGUCGCCGCUGCCAUGGUGGCCACCGAGGGGCUGCGGGAGAUGGAGGGCAGCGCGCUGCGGCGCCUGGUGUGCCGCGACGAGGCCGGCCCCGGCGGCCCCGGCCGGUGCCUGGUGCUGGACUGCCGCCCCUUCCUGGCGCACAGCGCCGGCCACAUCCGCGGGGCGCUCAACGUGCGCUGCAACACGAUCGUGCGGCGGCGGGCCAAGGGGGCCGUCAGCCUGGAGCAGAUCCUGCCGGCCGAGGGCGAGGUGCGGGCGCGGCUGCGCGCCGGGCUGUACGCCGCCGUGGUGGUGUACGACGAGCGUAGCCCACGCGCGGAGGCCCUGCGCGAGGACAGCACCGUGGCGCUGGUGGUGCGCGCGCUCCGCCGCGACACGGCGCGCGCCGACAUCCGCCUCCUGGCAGGGGGUUAUGAGCGUUUCUCCUCGGAGUACCCUGAAUUCUGUGCAAAAACCAAGUCCCUGAGCAAUGUGUCACCCCCCACCAGCGCCGAGCCCCUGGAUUUGGGCUGCAGUUCCUGUGGGACCCCCCUUCAUGACCAGGGUGGCCCUGUGGAAAUCCUCCCCUUCCUCUACCUUGGCAGCGCCUACCACGCUGCCCGGCGGGACAUGCUGGAUGCACUGGGCAUCACAGCCCUGCUGAACGUCUCCUCAGACUGCCCCAACCACUUUGAGGGGCACUACCAGUACAAGUGUAUCCCCGUGGAGGAUAACCACAAAGCUGACAUCAGCUCGUGGUUCAUGGAGGCAAUCGAGUACAUCGACUCAGUGAAGGAGUGUUGCGGCCGGGUCCUAGUCCACUGCCAGGCUGGUAUCUCCCGCUCUGCCACCAUCUGCUUGGCUUACCUGAUGAUGAAGAAGCGUGUCAAGCUGGAGGAGGCCUUUGAGUUUGUCAAGCAGCGCCGGAGCAUCAUCUCCCCUAACUUCAGCUUCAUGGGGCAGCUGCUGCAGUUUGAGUCACAGGUGUUGGCCACCUCAUGUGCAGUGGAAGCCGUCAGCCCCUCGGGGACACUGCGGGAGCGGGGCAAGGCCACCUCCACCCCCACCUCCCAGUUUGUCUUCAGCUUCCCAGUCUCUGUUGGUGUCCAUGCCACCCCCAGCAGCCUCCCAUACCUGCACAGCCCCAUCACCACGUCACCCAGCUGUUAGCUCAGGGGCCGAGGCCAGCCAGGCAGAUAGUGCCAGGCGCGGAGGGGGCAGGUGGGCAUGGAGCCCCACGAUGUUAAGCAAUAGUGCCGGACACUGCCAUUCACCCUGGACUCAAUGUCUUUUUUGUAGAGAAAUUUCUUACCUCAUCUUGGUUUUUUGCUUUUUAAUUUUAUGUUUGGAAAGCAUGAAAGUUGUAAAAGCCACAAACCCUGACAUUGUCCAGGCUCUUUGGGGGAGGAAAAAAAUAGUAUACUGGGUUUCCUCAAGUGCCUGGUCUUCAUCUCUGUCCAUCACUAUUUUAUUGUCUUGUUUUUUAAAAAAUGAUACGCCUCCCCUUCUCCCUGUAUUUCUGCCCCUAGCUCAUCUGGGUUGAAAAGGGAGCAUAACCUCUUUUUAUUGUGCAGCAGUCUUCCCCCCCUUGCGCAGAGAGACAUGAGUGCCCGUGGUGGGUGCUGCUUACCUGAGCCAGUUACACCGGGUGACAAACAGAGCAGCAGGCAGGGCCUUGGGCCAAGCAGGGGUGGUGGUGGCAUGGGGCUGCCCACAGACCACCUCACCCCUGCCAGUGGCUGGGGAGGCAAUGCAGGAGCUGGCAGGCACCAGCUGAGCCUGUUCCUGGGGGGAGAGCAAUCUCUGUGGCCAGGAGGUGGGCUGGAGGGGAGAUGCAGUCCUGAAUGCCUCUGUGGAUCGCUGGUUCCUGCAAAAUGUACGUCCAAAUCUCCUGUGGCUUAAAGAGGAGAAAGGAGGUGUGGGGGCAGCAGUCUGGCCUUUUGAUGACUCUGUUGGGUUUACUCUCCACCCAUCCCACUGCUGCUCUUCCAGAAGGAGGAGGGUGGAACAUGGUUGGGCUGUAAUGGAGAGAAGCAGCAGGGUGGAAGAGAGGCUGGCCCAGAGAUGCCAGCCAGGCAGCAUUUCCAAAACUGGGGCAUGUGCUACACGCUGGGCUCUUUGUACAACAUUCAUUUGCCCUUUUCCACCUCAGCUGGGUCUCACUUACCUCUGCAACAUUGCUGCAGCUUUUGGUCCAAGCCUAGAUAGAACAUGCCUCAUCUUCAACCCACCUGGAGCCUUAUUUCCCACCCUACCUCUCUCCUUCCCCCCAGUCCAAUCCAACACACAAGAUGCCUGUGUGGCUGAUGUACAUAUGUAUGGUUUUAUGGUUUUUGUUUUUGGUUUGUUUUUUUUUUUUUUUUUAGAAAUUAACUUUUUAUUUAUUGCCUGAGAGAGGGAGAAAACAACUUGUUUGGAGAAAAUAAAAAUAAAACUGUUUUCAACA